UUGUAAUGAUCUGAAACGAAUCAUUUUGUAUUUCUACAACGUUGGAUGAUCUGCAGAGAUGACAGGCUUAUUUGUCUUUUGCAUAGUUUGCUUUGUUCUCUACUGCAGUUUCACGUGGAUAAUACCUAGACUUGUGGCAUGGUUAGUGAAGAGACGAUACAAAAUUUAUUUACGGGUCGGCUACAUUUCACUACCAUAUUUUAUACUUCGGGACGUAAAUGUUUCUAAAAAUGGAUUCACGUUACAGGUGGAGGAAAUUACUAUACGCAGCAGUCUGUUCAGCAGUGACGUAGCAAAACUUUUGGCUGUGAUCAUGAAAGAUGUUAGAAUAAAUAAAGAUGUUCCGACCAAAGUCACAUGUUCGACGAAAAAUCUGGCGAGUCCGUUGGACUUUCAGAAUAAAAAGAUUCCUCCGAUAAUCAUAACAUUUGUACAGUUUAUGGCUGUACACAUAGAGAAUCUAAGUCUUUUGAUAUUGGGCAACGGCUGGCUCGCGAACGGUAGCGCGGAGAGUCUGAGUUUAGACGGUAGCGUUGUCCAUGGAGCGCGUACGCUUUUCGCGUCUGCCGGUGUUGUUGGCGGUGCGAUGAAAUUGUUACGACAUUCGUCUGACGCGUGUCUGUCGCAAAUAUCGUUUGCGGGAACGGCAGAGGCUACACUAAAAGCGCAUGGAGAACUUUCGGUGGAGAAAUUGUACAUCGGAAUAAUGCAGACAGAGGGUUCCGGUGGUGCGGGACUAGUUACCUUCUUCAAAGACAGGAGCUCGUUGACUGACGCGUCUUCGUAUUCAAGGACAGACGGUGAUCCUUCCGACGAUUUGUUAACUCGACUGGCGCCAGUUAUACCGAAGGAUUUCACACUGAAAAUAGGUAAUUCCUCUGUGAUCACGAGCGGAGAAGACGGUAUGGUGCUUGGUUUAGAAGGUACGAUGAAGGGCCUUCAAAUUAGUACGAAAUUCCAGCCUAGCUGCUUUCAAUUGAAUCUUACUUUAAGCUUGGAUGGGCUCUCCGUUCGUAGCAAACUUCCUAUUUUGACGCUGCGAUCGUUGUUGAUAAAUUCAAAGGUGGAUCGGAACAUUUUAGAAACUACCACGCAAAUCAACAGUCUUUCAAUCAUUUACGAUUACAAAGAUUGGGAGACGAUACUGUGCAGUGCAGAACACGAAAUCUCAAGGCCCGUUAGUGGUAUAACAUUAAAGGAUAAAUUACCUUGGUCGGAUGUAAGAGUGAACACCGAACUUUACGAUUCCUCCCUGAGCAUCAAGUUACUGGAUGUCGAUGAAGUCUCGUGCAGCGUGGCUCAUAUGAAAUAUUCUUUAAAUACACUUACAGACACGACUGAUGGUUGGAAUACGGAGCUAGUAGUGGAAUCGUUGUAUUGUACUUUAAACGGUCCCAAUACCGCUACCUCGGAAACGUCACAUCGAUGGGGUACGCCUCUAUCCGUAGGUGUGCUCUUAGCUACAACGCGUACCAAUGCUAUUGGAAUUGCUGUCGAUGCUCUUGUGACCGAAUGGAGUUUAGAACUUGCAAGAUUCCUGGAAGAAGCGUUCAAGUGCUGUCAACGAUACGGAAGAACCGAACCGACGAAUAAAGCCAGAGAUACGGACAAUGUUAUUCAAUUGAAUCUCAAAGUUACGAACUGUAAUUCAUUCUUUAUCGCGGAAAAUAAUCUGUCUAUUAUGAUGCGCUUGGAUGCCGCCAGUUUCGAGCACAGCGCGAAACGAUUGGUAGCCGUGGCCGAGGGUGUAAGCGCGAUCACACUGAAUAAAAACGAGCCGAUUAUUUGUCAACACGCUCAAGCGUUAGCUCAUCCGUUCUUGGCUGUAAGAAAAUGCAAAGGCGCCGUUAGUUCUGAAACGGUAAACAUUAGUUUGGACGGCACAAAUUUAGCCUGGAGCCCGAAUUUACAUUUACGACUUUUGCAACUCUGGCUAGAGUCCACAGAUUUUCGAUCCAUUAUAGGUCGAGGUGAAUCUCCGGUCAGCGUCGAAGGCGAGAAGGUUGAAGAACGGAAGCGAGUGUUGGAUGUUCUGGCCACCGGGGGUAUUAGCUUGUCGAUCGAUAUUUCCCCGAAACACUUUUUGGAACUGUCGUCGGAUCAGUUGCGUUGGUCCCAAGGGGAAUGGAGGUUGAGCUACAUUCGCAUCACUUUAGAUAUGGCCGACGUAAUUAUGAUAGAAGGCUUCGAGCUGGUCCGAGUGCCGGACAACGAGGAGAUUCGCGUCGAACGACAGAGUAACGAGGGUUUCGUUCUGGAUUGGAACGAAACCUGGACGCUUAACAUCGAGUCGGUGAAGGCUUGUUUCCCGUACGAGCAUCAGUUCACGGACGCGAUACAAAAUGAACUGUUCAGCAUAAGGAAAUGGCUGAAGGAGAUUCAUUCAUCUUCGAGGGGUAAAAAAAUGAAAGCGUUGCCCUGUGACCUGAUCAUAAAGAUCAAGGAAUGGGUAUUCGAGGUGAGCGACGAUCCGUUCGAGGUACGAUUGCGGGACAAUUACGAGCUUCUCGAGGACGAGUACAAGGAGAGCUUGAAACGGCAAGCGAUGCUCGACGCGAAAGUCCAAGAGCUUUGUCGGGCCCAUCUGUUGCUGCCGCAGGGUAAAGUCGAGGAGUUGUACGCAAGCUUGAAUAAGAAGAACGCGGAGAUUUACGUGCAACGAUGGAAGCAAAUGCAACGGGCCGGCCCGGCACGUACGAGACUGUUCGCAUGGUCUAUGCUGGACCUGGAGAUAUUGGCGUUGGCCGAUCCGUCGAUCGACGGCACGAAGAACGCGGUCAGGUCCCUGCGGGAAAUGGACGCGGAGACACCCUGGCCGGAGGAUGGCCUCGAGUUCAGCACGCUCUGGGUCCGCGGGAUAAGCUUGAAGUGUGCCGAAUGGAAGUUACACCUACGGGAUUUCCCGCAGCCGUUGCUGUUGGUCGAGAGUCUAAGCGUCUGGGGCAGGUUGGCUGGCGCUGAGGCGCUCGCGCCACCUAGGGCCAGACGAACCGUACGAAUCGAGAUCGGCGCGCCGUGGGAGGAUAUAGUCGUCGAGAGAGGAAUGACGUCGUUGAAGUAUUACCACGAUCUGAAUUGGGACAUCGACAAGUUCAGGUACGCAUUCGGCCCGUGCUGGGAGCCGGUGAUCGCGCAAUGCAAUCUGAGCUUCGAGAAAAUUCUACAUCCGUCGCGGGACCCGAGUCCCCCGUUACCGUUCUGGGACAAAAUGCGAUUGGCCCUGCACGGGAGGCUGACACUUUGCGUGAAGCAGCUGACGGUGUUGUUGCACGCCUCGCUGGAUCCAUACAACACCACGGAGGAAAUGGAGCUGACGUGGACGGGGCUCGAGCUCGAUUGGACGCAAGGCCGAAUAAUCGUGAAAGGUGAUCUAGACGUGUACGUUCGCACGGCAAGCAAGUACGAUGAUUGCAGGUUACUCCAUCUGCCGAAUGUUCGUCUCAGCAUAAAGUUAGCCUGGGUCUGUUUGGGCGAUCCGAGAGAUCACCAUGCCGCGAUUCCUUGCGCCCCUGAUAGACUGCCGGAGUAUUCCAGUAACCAGGAGCACGACUCGUUCAGAGCGUUCCGUUCGCAGAAUUUAAACGUGAGCCUGUCACUGGAGACGAAGCCGACCGGAUCACCGGCCCUGAGCAGCGCACCAACCGCGUUACUAUACGGGAGCACUCUCAGAUGGUUCGAGAACCUGAAGUUCAUUCUGUCCGGGGCGACCAGGCCGACCAGGAAAGGGCCCCUCUUCAAAAACAUCAGACCCCGAAAGAAACAGCUUAGUCGGCAUUAUCGUAAAGUCCGAUUAACACUGGCGUUCCAUCGGUUUCACGUUAGCUAUUGGAUGUCCUUCGCGAUGCAACGGGGAUUCGAGGUGACCGGCGGCAGAGUGGCUUGCAGCUGCGAACAUAAUCUAUCGUUGCAUCCUAUCCUCGACGAUCUGAUACAUCGGCCUCGGGCGGAAUGGUCCGUGGUCUAUAUGAACUGCGAGCUAAGCGACGCUGAAAUAUGGUUGAAGAGCGCGUUACAAGAGGACAAGGAGACCGCGUCGUUACGGCAGCCGGUCGAGAAGUGUUAUUGCUUGAGCGUGGCCCGUGUCAGUUACGGCAGGGAGGCGAUGGUCGCGGGUUUGAGCGGCGGCGACACACCCACCCAUCGAUUGGUCGUGCACGAUCUCAAAGGGGCUUGGACUAAAACAAACAGGGACGUGGCGUUCGCGCUUUUCGACUCGUUCAUCAAAACGCAACAGCUGAAGAAAAACCUUUCCACCGCCGCGUUGAAGGGCUUCCACAGAGAGAGCUCGUCGACACCGCACAAAAAUCGGCAGAGGGCCGUCGAUCCACAAAAGACCCCUUUACCCGCACAAAUCAGCUCGUCGUCCGCGACAAAACCGCAACAGGGUGAGGCUGUCGGGAUGUUACAGAGAUUGAUAGCGGAGGCUGCGAACAAACCGGUUGCAUUUAGCGACGAUCUCUCCGUGCAGACCAGAGGGCAACAGCUUCGUGGACUGGCAGCCUGUCACCAGGACGAUGUUCUUCACAAAAACUGGCUAAUCGCGUUGGUGAACAGUCAGGUAUUGCUGAAAGGUAUCGAGACACGAGGCUACGUGAUAUUAUCCGCUGCUAAGGCGGAGAUAUUGCAGAGGAUUCAUCAACCGGUAUGGAAAGAGAGGACAUUGGUGUCGAAGACGACAUGGGUCGGUUCGUUGGAGUGUAUGCAGUAUUAUGCGACCGUCAGCGCCAACAUUGACGAGAACAUCGAUGAUAAUAUUAUGUGGUUGACCUUGGAUAACAUUCAGGAAAAAGAUUCGACGGUCAUAGCUGGUUUACCGGAUGUGCCGGCGCUGGUAGGCUCCGGGCAGAGUGUCGGCGGAGUUGUCAGUCAGACCGUUGGCGGCGGUGGUGGACCCCAACACCAGCUCCAACGUAUCGUUUCCCGGUGCAAAUGCGAAUUUUUCUAUGUUGGAUACGGUCAAGCCCUAGACGUUGGAUACGUUGAUCAGGUACCACCGCCACCGCGAGAAGAGGUUAGCCCAUGGGAAAGGAAGGACCUCUCGGCUGCCGAUGCAUUCACAUUAAUGCAUCACGAUCUGGACGUUUGCACGAAUUCGCUGCAGUACGCUAUGAUUCUGGAUAUCGUGAAUAAUCUGCUGCUUUACGUGGAGCCCAGACGAAAAGAGGCGUCGGAACGGUUGCAGAGAAUGAGAUUUCAAUUGCAGCUUCACUCGGUCGAGGCUCAACGACGGCCGAUUCAACAAUUGCAAAACACCGUGCGCGGAUUGGUGGCGAAAUUGAGACGAUUGGAACGGGAAACGUAUCUGGUUCAAAAAGCCCUGGCGGAGGAAUCCAGUCCCGAGUUGCUCGCUGAAAUGGAACGAUUGGAGGCGGGAGUUUUCGAAUGCAAGGAACAACUCGCCGCGAAAGCCGAGGAACUCGAUGUGAUGCUGAGCUGUUACAAAGAGACUACCGCACCUGCCACAGCGUCCACCACUUUGAAGGACAAACCGGCAGCGGUGGCGAGAGUCGCUGAAAUCUGUUUCAAACACGCACAGUGGAGGUUGACGGACGCGGACGGUCAAUUGGGAAUUGCCGAUCUGAUUUUAACGAAUUUCUUGUACACGAAAACCAGCAAAACGGACGACUCGGUUGAACAUCUUCUCGAAUUGGGAUACGUUCGAAUGACCAAUUUACUACCGAAUCAAAUUUACACGGAAGUAUUGACGCCUACGGAGUUGCAAAGCAACAUGCCCGUUGACAGACAGAGAGCCCUUCGAGUUUUUUGCAGAGAAAAGGCGCCGGUUGCGGGAAUAUCUGUGAAAGAACAUUUCGAAAUUAAUGUGGUUCCCCUGACGAUAGGAUUAACGAAGAAGUUUUUCAACACUAUGUUGAAGUUUUGUUUUCCCGAGAGAGAUCCGGAAGGAAUAGAGGAACCACCCGCACCACAACGGGAUUCCUCGUUUUAUGUACCGAUGGAAAGAAGAGACGAUGUGGAAAAGAUGAAAGAGAGGGCGGAUAAAAACAAACUGUUUAUAUACAUCAAAAUACCAGAAGUUCCAGUUCGUGUAUCUUAUAAGGGAAACAAAGAGAAAAAUUUAGAAGAUGUCCGUGACUUUGCUCUUGUAAUACCUACGUUAGAGUACCAUAAUGUUACUUGGACAUGGCUUGAUCUCUUAUUGGCUAUGAAAAGUGAUUCUAGACGGGUAAUAUUGAGUCAAGCUAUUAAGCAGAAGUUACAAAUCAAGCCGCGAGGUCCACAGGAAGAGUCUGCUCCGCAAGAAGAGGAUAAAGCUAGACUUUUGUUGGGCGCCAGACACCUCCCGGGUGACGCUAGGAAGAAAGGUGUAUUUAAAUUUAAGUAAUGUAUUAUUUCGGGUCACAAUUGCGUCAAUAUAUUGCUAUUUAUUGUAAUAAAAUAUUUAAUAAAACACAGGAAUACGGAUACGUCGGAGAGAUCAAGUAUUUUUUAUUUAAACAAAACGAUACGUGCAAAUCU